UUAACAAACAAUUGUAUUGCGACAAGUACUCAUGUAAGAGCUUUUACAAAUAAUGAUAAACAAAGAAAAACCAUUCGAUCGCAUACCAGUGAGGAAGGAUCUGGAAGAGACAAUGAGCACUCAUUGCUGAAUGAAUCUGAUUCUGGUGAAGAGAGUAAUGAUGAUGAUUUUAUAGAAUAUGAAGAACUUGCAAGUAUAUUGAACGAUGCUUCUAGAGAGUAUUGGGAUAUCGGUGAUCAAAUAUGCAAGUGUACAUCUUGUGGUGCACAGUUUUGGAUGGAAGAACGAGUUGUUAAUUCUACUAAGAAGAGUCCAAAAUAUUCUCUUUGUUGCAUGCAUGAUAAGGUCAAGAUUGCAUCCAUGAAACAGCCACCGGCUCAGUUGUAUGAUUUGAUCCACGGCACAGAUCAAAAGAGCAAACACUUCCUUGAAAAUAUUAGGUCUUAUAACAGCAUGUUUGCUUUCACUUCCAUGGGAGGGAGGAUAGAGAAUAAUUUGAAUAGGCCGGGAAGAUGUCCUCCUAUUUUUAAGCUCCAUGGUCAAAAUUAUCAUCUCAUUGGAAGCUUACUGCCUACGGAGGGCUCAAAGCCGAAGUUUGCCCAAUUGUACAUUUAUGAUACGGAAAAUGAGUUAGAUAAUAGAAUUUCAUCUGUGAGGUAUUAUUUUUAUGGUUUACAUUACGAGAGAACUUGGGUUAUCAUAUUGAUUUGUUAUAUAAAUUGAAAAACAUUUCAUUGUUAUUUUUAGGGGAGACAAUGACAAGAGUCAAUUGGAUGUUGAUAUUGUUCAGCGAUUAAAGAACAUGCUUAACGAGUGCAAUGUUUUGGUUAAAAGCUUUCGAAUGGCAAGAGAGAGGAUCAAUCAAGACGAUACAAGCAACGUGCGAUUGAAGUUGAUCGGUCGGCGUUCUGGUGAUGCUAGGACAUAUAAUCUGCCCUCUGUUUCUGAGGUGGCUGCUUUAGUAGUUGGAGAUUUCGAUGAAUCUUUAGGAGAAAGAGAUAUUUUGGUAGAAACAAAGACGGGGAGAUUGCAAAGAAUUAAUGAGCUUCACCCGGCAUAUUUUGGACUACAAUAUCCUUUAUUGUUUCCAUAUGGUGAAGAUGGUUACAGGGAAGAUAUCCCAUUAGGUAACUCAAAUACCGCUAUGGGUGCUGGUAGAAAAUGUGUGAGCAUAAGAGAGUUCUUAGCAUAUCGUCUGCAGCAGAGAGAUUCUAAUAUGUCGUGUAUUCUGAAUACAAAACGCCUUUUGCAACAGUUUAUUGUUGAUGGGUAUACAAUGGUUGAAUCUGCC